UAGGCGUGAAGUUGCACCGAAAGCGCAUCAAUUCAAAUCGUUCAAUUGAGGACAAAUUCAAAUUGUUUGAUUUAAAAAAAUCGAAAUAAAAAAAACAUUUUUCGUAAUAUUUUUUGUUUUUAAUUUUUCCGGUUCAAAAAUUAAGAGAUUUAUUGAAAUUGACUGCAUUCAUUCAUUGUUCAAUGUGUAUUUGUCAUGUGUGAUUUGUCUUGAGCCGACGGUGAAAUUCCAUUGGUUUGUUCAUUCAUUCGUUAUCUAUUUGCAUUUGGAUUCAUCUGAUAAACGCCUUUCUUAUCACUUUAGGUGUGUAAUUGUGGCAUCAUAAAUCGGUUAAAUCGGUAUUCGUUCACACACUUACGAUGCGAUUAAAACAGUUUUUUUUCUCUCAUAUGCGUCGCUAGGAGUUCAGUCAAAUCAAAUUGCUGAACGCAAAUACGUAGUUAGUUCAAUUUUAUCUCUUGGUGAAAUUCAAGAAUGAAGUAGAAAAUACCGAAGACACUGACACCUGGCUUAGUCAUUCGUGAUGCAAUUUUCGUCAUAUUGAUUUAUAUUCGCAGUCAAAGAAAUUUCUCAAAUAUUUUUCAAAACCAUUUCCAAGCAAAUAAAAAGUGACGUUGAACAUUCUAUGGAAUUUUUUUCAUGUGAAAAUUUUAAUUGCUCAUGUUAAACAGUGUCUGUAAUUGUCAUUAGCCGCGUUCAUUUGAAUAAUAUGCCUGUGAAUUGAAUACGCGCGACAAGUGAACACCAACGACCUAUAUCAAGUCCACGUAAAAAGAAUUUUACCUCUUAUCAAUUUUCUGUUCGCUGAGUUCCCGUCGUUUCACAUAUCUUACACCUCAUAAUUGACAAAUUAGAAGUCAUUUCCAGUAGAACUUUUGAGCCAACAGCUUGACAAAAAUAUUUUAUGUGCUUAAUAAAAAUCUGAUACCUGCGAAGUGCGUGUUAUUAUAGUGAACUCAGUGGUUUUGUGUAAAUAAAUUAAAAUAUGAAUCCGUACUAUGAUCCAGAGUGGAGCGUUUUGCCUCCCGAAAAUAACCGUCGAUUUAAUCCAGCAUUUAAUAUGGCCACCAUCCGUCAGGCAAUUAACGAAGCCGUCGAACGGGUGAGAAUGCCGACACCGACUCGAUUGCGAGAUUUAAUUCGUCAGAUUCGUGCGGCACGAACGGCGGCCGAAGAACGGGCCGUUGUAAACAAAGAAUGCGCCUACAUUCGGAGCACAUUUCGUGAAGAGGACUCAGCAUGGCGAUGUCGGAAUAUUGCCAAACUACUUUACAUUCAUAUGUUAGGUUAUCCAGCACAUUUUGGACAGUUGGAAUGUCUAAAAUUGACCGCUAGUCCACGAUUCACCGACAAACGAAUCGGCUACCUAGGUGCAAUGCUAUUGCUUGACGAACGCCAAGAUGUGCAUUUGUUAAUUACAAAUUGUUUGAAAAAUGACUUGAAUAGUACAACGCAGUUCGUGGUUGGUUUAGCUUUGUGUACAUUGGGAGCGAUUGCGUCACCAGAAAUGGCACGGGAUUUGGCUAGUGAAGUGGAACGUCUGAUGAAGUCACCAAAUGCUUACAUUCGGAAAAAAGCCACGCUGUGCGCCUUUCGUGUGAUUCGUCGCGUGCCUGAUUUGAUGGAAAUUUUCUUGCCUGCCACUCGAUCCUUACUCAGCGAAAAGAAUCACGGCAUUUUGAUAACUGGAGUAACUCUCAUCACUGAAAUGUGUGAAAACAGCCCUGACACACUCAACCAUUUCAAACAGAUUGUCCCGAAUCUGGUGCGAAUCUUGAAAAAUUUGAUUUUGGCUGGCUAUUCUCCAGAACAUGAUGUCAGCGGUGUUAGUGAUCCAUUCUUACAGGUGAAAAUUCUGCGACUCCUGAGAAUAUUGGGGCACAAUGAUGCCGAUGCAUCGGAAGCGAUGAACGAUAUUUUGGCUCAGGUUGCUACCAACACGGAGACGAGCAAAAAUGUUGGCAACACCAUUCUGUACGAAACUGUGCUGUCCAUCAUGGAUAUUCGUUCCGAGGGUGGUUUACGUGUUUUGGCGGUUAACAUUUUAGGUCGAUUUUUGUUGAACAGUGAUAAAAAUAUCCGUUAUGUUGCGUUGAAUACAUUGCUGCGUACCGUGCAUGCAGACACAUCGGCGGUGCAACGGCAUCGUACGACAAUAUUGGAAUGUCUAAAAGAUCCCGAUGUAUCGAUAAGACGUCGUGCCAUGGAAUUAUCAUUUGCAUUGAUCAAUGCGCAAAAUGUUCGUUCGAUGAUAAAAGAGCUGCUGAUAUUCUUGGAUAAAUCCGAUUCCGAAUUUAAGGCACAGUGUAGCAGUGGUUUGAUUUUGGCCGCUGAGCGAUUUGCUCCAACGACACGUUGGCAUCUCGAUACACAGUUAAGUGUUUUGAUCGCUGUUGGCAACUACGUUCGAGAUGAUGUGGUUUCGUCAACCAUUCAGUUGAUAUCCAGCAGUUCAUCGUCCGAUCAAGAAUACAUUACCGGCCAUCUAUGGGAUGCCCUUUUGUCAGCACAAAAUGUCGAAGACAAACAACCAUUACUUCAAGUCGCGUUGUGGGCCAUCGGUGAAUAUGGCGAUAUGUUUGUGUAUGGAGAAAGAUCCGGAGAUGCUCCAUCGGAUAUAGAUGUCAUCGAAUUGUAUCAAAAACUGUUGUGGUCCAGUCAAGUAUCAAUUACGACAAAGCAAUAUAUAUUGGUGUCGUUAAUUAAACUAAGUACUCGCUUACACAGUGGUCAAGAUCAAAUCAAGUGUAUAAUUGAUGCAUUUGGAUCGCACUUAGACAUCGAUUUGCAGCAACGUUCUGUGGAAUUUUCACAAUUAUUCAAGACGCACAAUAGCUUGCGUCCAGCUCUGUUGGAAAAGAUGCCACCCAUGCAAAUAACGCGAGUUUCAAAUCAAAACACCGAAUUUAGCGAAGAGAACGAACCCGAACUCAUUAUGAACGGUGAAGAUGAAUCAGAUGUGAAUAGUAAAAUGGCACCAAGUGAUUCGAGCGCCUUAUUGGAUCUACUUGGUGGCAGUAUCAGUCCGGUGACGUCACCCACUUUGAAUCCAUCCGAUAAACAGUAUCCUAGCAAUAAUACACAAAAUAUGACCAUGUCCAAUACCGAUUUGCUUGAUUUACUCGGUGGAUUGGGCAGCGAAUCGAUUACAACACCAUCAACGAUCGCAGCCAACGAUAAUCUGAAUACAACCAACGGCAAUAAUAUCAUUUCAAUGCUACCAAACACUCUAUCCCCAUUGUCACCGACCAACAAUAUUUUAGGUAAUAAUCUGUUCGAUGACCUCACCGGCAAUUCGACUACCAAUUCAACCAGUGGCGGUGUAAAAAUAACGGCUUUAGAUAAAAAUGGAUUGAAUAUUACGUUAGUGCCUAACAAAAGUGUUGGCGACGGUUGCUUACGUGUUAUCAUGUUAGCCACAAACAAUUCACUGAACACACUCGAACAGUAUUUGUUCCAAGCGGCUGUUCCAAAGAGCUUUACAUUGCAAAUGCUAUCGCCAUCGGGGUCAGUGUUGCCGCCCGGUGGCACCAUCACCCAAGAAAUGCGAUUGACAAAUUCAUCAAAGGGCGUUUUGCGAAUGCGACUUCGCAUUUCGUAUGUGGUCGAUGGUAGUCCAGUACUUGAGCAAACCGAAGUCAGCGGCUUUCCUGAGGAUGCAUUUGACUAAAGAAAAUUCUUAUGAGUUGUACAUUUUGUCACAUUUUUCCUCAGUGCUGAAUUUAGAUAUAUUUUUUUUCUUCUGUUUCUCUAUUAUUUGGUUCACCGUCUAUCUAUCGCGUAAACAAUUUAGAAAAAAAAAAUAAAAGAAAUUAAUAUGUAUUUAUAAACUAAACAAGAAUCAAUUAUAUCGAUCAUGUGAAUUCAUUUUUCGGCAUCCUACGACAUCAAACGCUCACGAAUUACUUUUACUUAAUUUGCAAUUAUCAAACAUUAUGUUUUGUUUAAAUUAGUGAAGAAGAUGAAUAGGAAGAAGAGAAAGAAACGACACCGUUUUAUUUUAUGUUGAAAACAAAAUGCAUCAUGUAUUAUAUAUGAGAAAAAAAAAUUAUUAUCAAAAAGACAAAUGAAAAAUAAAAUAAAUAAAUAAUAAAAAAGUUCGAAAA